UAGAAUGUAUCUUAAAAACUGUGCCGUCAUUUCGCUUGUCCUAAUUGUUUUAUUAUUUGUUAAUUCAGUGAACAGUCUCAAGUGUUAUACCUGUUUAUCGCCCAAAAGUGGCGAGUGCUGGACCAAUCCGGUUCAGGACAAGUAUAUAAGCGAUUGUGAUGGAGAGAACUCCUUCGAGCCCUUGGUCGGCAAUAUGACCAUGAUUGGUGGUGUUAUGAUAAUCGAAAAGGCCAGUUCUGGGAUUACAACGAUUUCGAAUCAUGCCAAAAAGCGGUGGACGUGCAUCAAAACGAUCCAGUACGAUCGGAAAGUCGGGAUGAAGGUCGAGAGGUCGUGCGCCGCGAGAAAUGAGCCUUGCCAAUUCAGCCGGUUUAGCCGCUGCUUCCGUUGCAAAAGUCAAUUGUGCAACUCCGCCGAGAGCCCGACUCUCACCCUGGGAAUGUUGGCUCUACUCGGCGUCGUUGGCGUCUACUCGACCAUGUGAUGGAAGAUGUAA